CUCACUGUUUAGUCGCUCAUUCGCACUGCAUUCGUUCUUGCUUUCUGCUCUCUCCUUCCUCCUACCCGUGAAAGGAACAGCGACUCCCUCUCGCUGUUUACCUUUCAUCCGCUCCUUCGACCGCGACAUCCUCCCCCUGUUUGCUUCUCUCUCCACCAACACGGGGUAGUCCAUCCAGAAAUACACUCAGCGACAUCACGGUCUGAUAUUCAAAUCAAAAUGAAGACCUCCCUCGCCGCCGGCGCACUCGCGUCCCUUGCGACGCUCGCCGCCGCGGUCAACCCCGUCAAAAUCGCCGGCUCUCAAUUCGUCGACUCCGUCACCAAUAAACGUGUCAUGAUCAUCGGCGUGGACUAUCAGCCAGGCGGGCAAGCCGGAUACAAGCCGGACGAGGACCGGGACCCGCUCAGCGAUGCGGAAGUCUGUCUGCGUGACGCGACAAUCAUGCAGCAACUGGGCAUCAACACCAUCCGGGUGUACAAUGUGGACCCGACCCUCAACCAUGAUGAGUGUGCGAGCAUCUUCAACUAUGCCGGGAUGUACAUGAUCGUCGACGUCAAUGCGCCGUUUGGCGGCGAAAGUCUGGAUCGGAGUGAUCCCGAGGGGUCAUACCAUGUGGGAUAUCUGUCCCGGACGUUUGGGGUGGUGGAGGCGUUCAAGAAUUAUCCCAACACGAUGGGCUUCUUCGCGGCGAAUGAGGUCAUGAACGACAUGGAUACCGCCGAGAAAAACCCUCAGUAUAUCCGAGCCAUCCAACGCGACAUCAAGAACUACAUCGCCAAGAACAGCGAGCGCGCCAUUCCCGUUGGUUACUCGGCCGCUGACGUGCGUCCCAUCCUGCAAGAUAGCUGGGCCUACUUCCAAUGCAAGAUCGGUGACAACGACGUCUCGCGCUCCGACUUCUUCGGCCUGAACUCCUACAGCUGGUGCGGUGCCGACGCGACCUUCGAGUCCGCAGGAUUUGACAAGCUGGCCACGAUGUUCGAAAAGACCAGCGUUCCCGUCUUCUUCAGCGAAUACGGCUGCAACGAGGUGACACCACGGUCGUUCAACGAAGUACAGUCUUUGUACGGGACUAAGUUGACGGCGUUGUCUGGUGGUUUGGUGUACGAAUACAGCCAGGAGGAAUCCAACUACGGCCUGGUGGACUCGUUCGACAACGGCACGGUCCACUUCCGCAUCGACUACGACAACCUGAAAAACCAAUAUAGCAAGCUUGACAUCGGCCUCAUCCAAUCCACCAGCCCGUCCGCGGCCUCGCAAGACCCGCCCCAAUGCGACAAGUCCCUCAUCACCAACUCCAAGUUCUCCAGCGAAUUCAACAUCCCCGACACACCCGACGAGAUCACCGAGGUCAUCAACUCCGGUCUGUCGAACCCCAACCAAGGCAAGCUGGUUCCCGUCACCAAGACGGACGUCGUGGGUGACAUCUUCGCGGUCGACUGGACCCCGAUCCAAGGGUUGAAACUCGUGGAGGUGAAGGACGGCGAGAGCAAUCUCCCGAGUGGGGCGAGUGGGAGUGGGACGGGCACCUCGGGCGGGCCGGAGCCGACUAAGACGGGUGCCGCGAGCGCGAUGACGGUGAAUUCGAUGUUUGCGUUGGUGGCUGCGGCCGUGGUGUUGGUGGUGAGCUUGUGAGGUUGAUGGGACAUGAUGAAUGGAAGGGAAGUGGCCUAGCAAGGAGUACAUAAGGUCGGGAUUCUGCUGUGCAUGGGAUCUUCGGCUUGUUCGUCUGCGUGGCAUGUCGAGGUAAAAGGUUUUGAUUCGUGUAAUAUUCUUCUAAUUGUCUGCUAGCGACUUUCGAGUAGCGAAGCAUGGUGUAUGAGACGGCAUGGCAAAUCAUUCGAACGACUAUCUAUUCCUUACCAUAACCAUUGAACAAGGACCGCUUUUCUCU